UUCGCACAAGCGUGCACACGAUCCCGUGGAUUCCCGGGGGAAAAAUGCGUUCGUCGAGUGUCGUUUACGUGCUGCUGAGUGUUCUGGUGUUGUCCAUGAGGAACCGUGCAGCAUCGUCGGAUACGAACUCGACAAAGAUUGCAGUGGAAAAGGAGGAUGACAAAUCGUCAGAAAACAUAACUCUGGACGAGUUCAAAGAAAGGUACAGGAGACUGAUACCCUACCUAACGUUCUACGUUGCUAACAAUCACGUUAACGGACAAAUUCCGGUGCCACAAAGUGCUGCAAAGGAGGUUCAAAACAACCCACAGGCGAGGCAAAGCCUGCAAUCUUAUGCCAGGUACCUCAACGUGCCAAGGAAAGGGAACAGUCAUCGCACCUAUGCGCAUAGCCAGGAGAAAAAAUUUAUUCCCUCCGUGCAAUACGAUCCUCACAGUCUGGGAAGCGACAACGACUACUUCAUGCCUGUGAGACACGGUUCGAAAGUCACUUACGACGAUUAUUCCAUGCCGUACCAAACGUACCCGGAUAGGAAAGCAAUGUAUCCUGAAAUAUCGACAGCAUCCAGUCAGAUCGCACUUAAGGAGAACAGGUAUCACGCAAACGUGAGACCAUUACGACCUUACACGACGAACGGCAGGGAUCAACUGCCUAGAAAACAGUUGGCCAAGCCAGUUCACACCAACGUUCGAGAUGACUACGUGUUGGAUUAUAAUGUUAGACCUACCGACAACGCCAGAGUUAAUUAUCCAAUUAAAGACUUUCCAGGACAUCGACACAUCCCACCAUCGGGAUAUUCGAACGUACAAACGCUGGAAUCUGUUACUGGACAACCACCUAUGAUACCACAACUGCCACGAAAUCCAAACGUACACCUGAAUCAGAUAAUCGAGAGCUUUCAUCUGAGCGAACGUUUGCCAGAGAUGCUGAGCAAGGAUAACAUCGACAUCAGCUUGAAAACUCUCCUAGAAAUACUCAACAUCCUUCAUAACACGAAAAACGAGUUGCUAGAGAUGCAACCACCGCCUCUGGCGCCAUUGGUAUCUGCACCACCUAGGCAACCACAGAAGGUACCAAAUUUUAAGGUACGGCCGCAAACGCGCCCAAAAGUAAUUACGGAAUCACGAUUUCAAGCAACACCGAACCCACUGUACCUAACCGACGAUCCUGAACGUUACAAAAUAUCGUCGUACGAGGAUGGGAUAAAACAUAAGCCACCCACUCGACCCAACUAUGUUGCUGACGGUCUAAACAAUAACAAGGUGGUAGAAUACUACCUCCCUAUCGUUCAAGAUGUUCCAGUUACGGAAAAAGAGGUAUUCCUACCAACUAUCAGACCUCAAGUGGACGAGAGCUCCACAGGCCACUCUUACGAAAUCAUGGAAGAUCUGAGCGACGACGUACUGCAACAGCAACACUACACUUUGCCAUCUACUACUACGGAAAGUUCGAUCUCCAGUUACACGGAACCUAAGAAACUUACAACCCCGCAACAUACCGACACGCAGACCUCGGCCAAGCAUGGUGCUACACGGGGAGAGGCGAACGUUGAUUAUCCGGCCUAUUCCAAUAUACCAUUCACGAACUUCAGUUGCAAACAGCAACGUUAUAAGGGAUUCUUUGGUGAUCCAGACACAGGGUGUCAGGUAUGGCAUUAUUGCGAUCUCAACGGUGGCAAAUCAUCAUUUUUAUGCCCAAAUGGCACCAUAUUCAGCCAAGUGGCGUUAACGUGCGAUUGGUGGUUCAACGUUAAUUGCGAAACGACGACGCAAUUAUAUGUAUUGAACGAACGACUAUACAAAUACAUUUUGCCGGUAAUGCCGAAAUUCCCCGAGGAUUUUACUGGCCCGGAAGUAGAUCGGUAUUUAGAGAUCAAAUUCAAAGAAAUGGAAGAAAAACUGAAGGAGGAACUGAAGAAAGAGGAAACAGAGAAGCUCAAAGAUAAACCAGAAACACAAAAGGAAGACGAGUAA